GGAGGAGCGACCCAGAGGGUAGAGGGAAAGCGAGAAGGGCUAGACAAGAAUCCAACACUGUCUCUGCAAAGCCGGCUAUCCCCAAGAAGUGAGCAAGGACUGUGUGGGACCGAAGGGCCACAUGGAUUUUUGGAGAUCCCAGCUGCAGAACAUGAGGAACAAGAAGCCGGCUCGGCGAUCCUACACCAUCUACCGCAACAUGGCCGAGGGCGAUGGAGAGCUGGAAGCAGAGGGGCUGCAGAUGAAGGUUGUGGAGGCCCAGGGGCCCGUGGCUGCCAGUGGCAACGAGAAGUGGGAGGCAGUGGCACAAUGCCCGUGGAAGGCUCCUGGGAAGGCUGUGGUGUACCUGGCGCUGGUGGGACUCCUUGUCUUCGUGGCAGCUUUCCUCCUGGGGUACGUCUCGUCCCGGGGGUCUUCUUGUCCAGUCUGUGGAGACUUCCUGGCAAUAGCCAAUGAUGAAAAUGCACACGAGGCAGAGGACGGCCAGAGAGCGGCUCGCAUGUACUGGGCUGACUUGCGGGAGAUGUUUCAGAAGUACCUCAAUGAGGAGAAGAUUGAGAAGACCAUCAGAAAAAUGAGUGAGUCCCCCCACCCGCCCGGCUCACCUCGCCUGGACACUCUCUCCCGCCAUGUCCUCAGUGCCUUCAACUCAUUUGGCCUGGACCACAGCUGGACCGACAGCCAUUAUGUAGGGCUGCAACGCCCCGACCGGCUACACCCCAAUUUUCUACACCGAGUGGACACCAGUGGCAUUGUGCUGGAGAAGUUGCCUCUGGAGGACCCAGAGGUCUACUGUCCCUACAGUGCUUCCGGUACAGUCACGGGAGGACUGGUCUUUGCCAACUAUGGGCGCAGAGAGGACUUUGCAGUGUUGAAGCAGCACGGCGUGAACCCCCGGGGCCACCUCAUCAUUGUGCGCAUUGGGGAAAUCAGCUACGCUGAGAAGGUGGCUAACGCAGAGGCCUCGCAAGCCAAAGGUGUUCUCAUUUACCCAGAUCCUGCUGACGUCCCACAAGAUCCCCGCAAACUGGGGCUGUCCCCAAACACGAGCAUUUACGGGCAUGUCCACAUGGGAGCUGGAGACCCCUACAGCCCGGGCUUCCCUUCCUUCAACCACACCCAGUUUCCUCCAAUACAAUCCUCAGGGCUCCCCUCCAUCCCUGCACAGCCCAUCAGCGCCAAUGUGGCCGCCCACCUGCUCAAGCAGCUGACGGGCCCCACUGCCCCACUGGCCUGGAAGGGGCGCCUCCCUAAUGUGCAGUACCACUUUGGCUCUGGGGUUCCCGGUUUUCAGUUACAGCUGGGAGUUCAGAACCAAAAACAGUCCGUGAUGAUCAGCAACAUCUUUGGGUGCAUCGAGGGUAGAUUUGAGCCAGAUCAUUAUCUCAUUGUGGGGGCCCAACGGGAUUCUCUGGGACCAGGAGCUGCCCGUUCCGGAGUGGGCACAGCCAUCUUGCUGGAACUAGCCCGGACAUUUGCAGCCAUGGUGCGAAAUGGAUUCCAACUACGAAGAAGUUUGCUGUUUGCGAGUUGGGAUGCUGGUGAUUUUGGCAGUGUGGGCUCCACUGAGUGGCUUGAGGGGUAUCUCACUAUGCUGCAUCUGAAGGCUGCUGCUUAUGUCAGCCUAGACAAUGUCGUUCUGGGAGAUGACAAAUUCUUCGCCAAGACCAGCCCUGCCCUUGUCGGCCUCAUUGAAAGCAUCAUCAGGCAGGUUGACAGCCCUAGCCGCAGUGGGCAGAGCAUCUUCGACCAAGUGACAGAGCAGGGUCAACGCUGGGAGACUGAGGUAAUCCGCCCCCUUCCCAUGGACAGCAGUGCCUUCGCUUUCACCUCCUUUGGGGGCGUCCCUGCUGUGGAAUUCUCCUUCGCAGAGGACUCUCGCUGCUACCCGUUCCUCAACACUAUGGCGGACACCUAUGAUAACCUUAACCGGGCUCUCUACGGGCGCCUUCCCGCAGUGGCGAAGACUGUGGCUGAAGUUGUGGGUCACCUGUUGAUCAAGCUGACUCAUGAUGACCUCCUUCCCCUUGACUACUGGUGCUACGGGGAUGUCCUCUUGCAACACAUUGCUCGCUUCAAUGACUACGCCGCACAGCUGAAGAGCCACGGGCUGACCCUCCAGUGGAUGUACUCGGCCAGAGGCGAUUACACGCGGGCAGCGGACAAGCUGCGCAAGGACAUCUACAGCUCCGAGGAACAUAAUGAGAGGCUCUUGCGAAUGUAUAAUGUGCGCAUUAUGCGGGUAGAAUUCUACUUCCUCUCUCAGUAUGUAGCGGUCACAGAGACCCCAUUUCGGCACAUCUUGCAUGGCCGGGGGCCCCACACGCUCAAGGCCCUGCUAGAGCACGUCAGCCUCUUGCGGGAGGCCCCCGAGAGCUUUGACGAAGUCCUCUUCCGCAGGCAGCUGGCCCUCGUCACAUGGACCCUGCAAGGGGCAGCCAACGCCCUGAGCGGGGACGUCUGGAAUAUCGAUAACAACUUCUGACCGACAAAGACUUAGGACGGGUCCCUCUCACUCCUGAAAUGAACUUUGUACACCUUGGAAAUGUGCCAAAAUGUUAAAAAACCUAAAUCCGAAGCAUGAAGUUUCAGAAAUGUUCAGAAUCACCUCUCUCCCCCACCGCCCCCGAAUCUUCUAGACUCUAACAGCAUCCAUUACAUUGGGAAUGUUGCAACGCAGUUCAAUUUUGCAGAAAAUACAUUUAAAUUUGCGCCAGCAGAUUCUAGAAUUGCACGUACGCACACAUGCACAAUUUGUUUCAGUUCUAACGCCUCUUCCGUACCUUACUUUCCGUCCCGCCCUUGACCCUUUCCAUGCCCAUUUCUAAUUUAUCAGUGGCAAGGCUCACUAUGAAUUCUUCAUGUAUUGCCAUGCAAUAGGAUAACAUGCUGUAGUUGCAUUUCCCCUACUUAAUUACCCCACUUUGUUAAUUACCUCCUUAUUCCUUUCCCCGCCCUCUAAUUUAUCAGCAGCAGUGUCUGCUAUAAAUUGAAUUGAUUUAUUGCUAUGUAAUAGAGCAAAAUCCUGUACUUAACUUGUACCUUUUAUUUGGCAAUUGUUUUAAUUGUUCUGAAUCUGAGCUCCCUCGCUUAAUUAUUCAUCAGUUCCACUGAUGACUAUAAGCUAGCCUUUGCCUACCUGGCAGUGCACCUUGCAGAUGUUUUGGACCACAACUCCCAUCAGCCCUCAGCCAUUACAGCUGUGUGAUGCUGAGGCUGAUGGGAGUUGUAGCCCCAGACAUCUGGAGGGUACCCGUUUGGCGAAGGGUGCCAUAAGUGUUUAUUGCUAUGCGAUAUGAUGAAAAUCUACCUGACCUCACUAAUAAGCCUUGUUAAUUUGUCAGUGGCAAAGACCACUAUAAAUUAUUUCUUGUUA